GGGAAAACAAUCGAUUGCCGAUUGUCAUUACAGUAUGUGACAGUGUAGACGCUCUUUAGAUUAUUUCCCGGUUGUUUGUUUGCAUUUGCAACAACCAUCUAAGAUCAUGGUGGAGAAUUCUCCGUCCCCUCUUCCAGAGAGAGCGAUCUAUGGAUUUGUGCUAUUCCUUUCUUCCAAAUUUGCCUUCUUUCUGUACUGUGUGUGGGCUUUUGUGCCAGAGGAGUGGCUCCAUUUUGUAGGACUCACAUACUGGCCUCAAAAGUAUUGGGCUCUUGCUGUUCCAAUCUACCUCCUGGUUGCACUGAUCGUGUUUUUGAUCGUUCUCUUUGGAGUGAAUAUGCUCAACACUGCUCCGCUUGACUCAGUUGACAACGUCACAGAUGUGUACGCUCAAGCUCAGAUGAAGGAUAACAGUCGUAAAGGGGGAAUCCCUCAACUCAAGGAUGUUUCCAUAAGUGAAGUCAACAGAAUAUUCUACUUGUCACAUAAGUCAUGACAACUGGAAAACUGAUAGACUUUGUGUACAUAAAUUGAACUGCACUGUGUGAAUUAGAUCUGGGUUGAUGCAAACCACUAAUAAAUUGUCUGUUUUCAUAA